AUGAUAGUCGAACUUCUAGUAAGUGUAUUUCUCUUCGGUUUGUGGCGGGUGAACAGUGAACUCUAUCUUCACAACACCAAUGAUGUGUUCGACAUUGAAUCGUAUGAUUGUCUUCGCGUUCAAUCAUCGCUCGUCUAUUGUCUUCGUCCAAGAGAACCGAUCGAUGUCACUCGAGACAGUGACACGAACGGAUGCGAACAGAAUGGUGGACGAUUACAUCGGUUCAGUGAACUUCGUACGAAGAAUAUCUCUCUCAGUACUAUCCUGCAUCAUUGGAGAUCCAGUCUCGAACGAGUCGAAGACUAUUCGCGAUAUCUGAGAGAUUCUUCUCAAUCCGAUGGAUUUCUCUGUGAAUGUUUUCAUCAAGGAUCGUUUGGCAAGAACUGCGAAUAUCGAUUACCCAUUGGAGAGUCAGUUGAAGAGACACUCGAAUGGCAACUGAUCAUGCGUAUGAAAAAUCCCAGAAAAGUGCAGAUCCAUGGUGAUGUGAUAUGUUCUGAGACAUUGCAGUGUGAUUCGGGUGUGUUGUGUUUGGAUUGGCGAGAGAUCUGUGAUGGAUUUCAACAUUGUCUCGAAGGGAAAGAUGAAGAGAAUUGUGAUCUGUUGGAGAUGAAUCAAUGCGAUGAAGAGGAAGAAUAUCGAUGUAUGAAUGGAAUGUGCAUUCUCGAUCAGUUCUUUCUCGAUGGAGAAUUCGAUUGUCUCGACUGGUCGGAUGAAAUGCCCUUCAAGUCAAGUGGGAAAUGUUCCUUGGAGAGUGUCAGCGAAGAAUGUGACGAUCAUCUUUGUCCACCGAACGAGUGGUCGUGUGGAGAUGGGCAAUGCAUCAGAGAUCGAUUGGCCUUUCAUGAUUAUGAAUUCCUAACUUGUCAGAGUGGACGCGAUCAAUAUUUCAUCUGUGAAACGCAUGCGGAGAAGAAACUGUGGACAAUGUCGAAUGGACGAUGCUAUGAUCCCGACGAGGGUAAUGAAAGAUGUGAAGAAUCUUCAGCAGCGAAUCAUAGUGAGGUAGAGCAAUGUGAAUAUCUUCUCAAAUGUUCGUUAUCGGAGGAUGCAGAGAAAGAUUGUCACCGCUGUGAUGGUCCUGGAUGUGUCGAGAAACUGAGAAAAGUCUGUCCUUCAACAUUGAUCCGAUACCCACAACGAGCAAUCGUCGCUCCAUUUCUGUUCUUUCUCUUCAAGUACACAAAGAAUAGGAGAAACAAUCUGCCCUAUUUCGUCCUGAUCAAUGGAACAAUUCGAUGUGGAGAUUCGUUCAUCACUGUAAUAGACGAGAUCAUUCCAUUCGAGGCAGAUCUGAAUGUCCGUCGAUUGAUGGAAGACUAUUUUUGUCAACCAGUGGAAACUAGUUCUUGGUCGGAGUUGGUUCAGCCCCAUCGAGAAUGUCAUCGAGCGAAUGAAUCGACCGAUCGAUGUGAAGAAUGGAAUCCGUGCAUGUCAAUCACUCGAAUCAGAGAUGGAUGGUGGAAUUGUCUCAAUUUGGAAGAUGAACGCGAACGGACAUCGAUGGAGAUCGAGAAGAGUUGUGCCGGAGUUCGACGGGAUCGUUUUCGUUGUUCAGUUGAAGAACCCACAUGUCUCAGUGUGAUGAAAAUCGGAGAUAAAAAAACAGAUUGUUUAAAUAGGUUUGAUGAAUUGUGGUUUGAAAAUGGUCGCGAAUUCUCCUCGAUGAACUGUAACGAUCGAACGAACGAUAAAUGUUCUUUUUUUCGUCAAUACAUCGACGAAUCCUGGAGAUCAGCGUCGAUGAACAAAAGCGAAAUAAGCUCAGGACAACGAAUUACUUUUCGUUCGUAUUGUGACACAUUUUGGGAUCUUCAUCCGGAAGAAGAUGAAAAUCUUCUCAAAUGUCGACACUGGUAG